GCUGUAGUAAUUUGCAGAAAGAAACUGAGGGAGAUCAAUAUUCAAUAGGAAGGAAGGGAAGGAAACUGGGGCCUGGGGGCGUUCAGGUUCAGUGACUUUCGGCGCUGUGUGUUUCUGUGAAGAAAGGGGGUUGUUGUCGGGGCAAAUUUGCGUUUAAGCCGACUGAGCUGAGACAAGAAACCUAAGCUAAUUUAAGAGUGAGAGAGUAAAUUGAGCUCGCUCGAAAUGGAGAUUUCUUCCUUCCAUAUAUAUCAGGGGCCGCCCAUAAAUCUUGAAUGAGGAGGGCAUACUGAGGGUUGGUUAAUACACUGAGAUGCAAUUAGAGGACGCCUUGCACCUAAUUAAUCUACUGACUACAACAACCCCAAAAAGAAAAAAAGGGUUUGGAUCCAAAAGGCAAAAGCAAGAAGAAUAUCCCAAGCCUUGACAAAAAGGUAGAUUGAGAAUCUAUCAAUCCGGUAUUUCUCCUACAACCAUGCCAUGCCAUGUGUUUGGAAAAGGGAUCGAUGGAAAUGAACUUUGAAAAGGUUUCAUCAGUAUUGAUGGAAAAGGAAGUGCAGCCAACUAAGAGGGCGUUUGUGACAUUCUUGGCAGGAAGUGGAGAUUAUUGGAAAGGAGUUGUGGGAUUAGCCAAGGGUUUAAGAAAGAGCAACACCGCUUACCCUCUGGUGGUAGCUGCGUUGCCAGAUGUCCCAGAGGAACAUCGCCAAAUUCUAGAGUCUCAAGGCUGUGUAGUUCGGGAGAUUGAGCCAGUAUAUCCCCCUGAAAAUCAAACUCAAUUUGCCAUGGCAUAUUAUGUCAUCAACUACUCGAAACUUCGGAUUUGGGAGUUUGUAGAGUAUAGCAAGAUGAUAUACUUGGAUGGGGACAUUCAAGUUUUUGACAACAUUGAUCACUUGUUUGAGUAUCCGGACGGGCAGUUUUAUGCUGUUAUGGACUGCUUUUGCGAAAAAACUUGGAGCAAUACAAUUCAGUACCAGAUCGGUUAUUGCCAACAAUCCCCACAGAGGGUGCAGUGGCCAGAAGAGUUGGGAGCACCACCACCCUUGUAUUUCAAUGCCGGCAUGUUCGUUUAUGAACCAAAUUUGUCCACUUAUCACCGUCUUUUGGAAACCGUCAAGAUCACUUCUCCAACUACAUUCGCAGAACAGGACUUUCUGAACAUGUUCUUCAGGGACAUUUAUCGCCCGAUUCCUCCGGUCUACAACCUGGUUUUGGCAAUGCUGUGGCGACAUCCCGAGAACAUUGACCUUGACAGCGUCAAGGUUGUUCACUACUGUGCUGCGGGAUCAAAGCCCUGGAGGUACACAGGGAAAGAGGAAAACAUGCAGAGAGAAGACAUAAAGAUGCUAGUGGAGAAAUGGUGGGAUAUAUACGAAGAUGAGUCCCUGGACUAUGUCAAUAUUGCUGAUGCACCCUCCAAGAUUAACAAGGAAGGUGGUGGAAAUGAUGAUCAGAAAGAAAAAACAGUUGCAGCGCUUUCCGAUGCUGCUGGCCUCGUUCACUAUGCUACUGCUCCCUCGGCUGCCUAAUGAAUUUUGUCUGCCUUAAAAAUCAACUUAUUUAUUAUUAGGGCACAAGUCUUCCUUCCAGAUUUGAUCCAGUCCCACACUCCCACUCCCACGCCCAUCCAUCCAAUAAUGUGGCCUUAGCUAUGAUUACCACCAAGAAGCAGCAACAGUAAUCCUCUGAAGUAUAUACAAUAAAUAAAUCUUAGAUUGUAAUAAUUAGUCUGCCCGCGGUAUGAUUGUACAAUUGCAGGUGAACUAUACAAUAUAUGUACUGUAAUAGCCCAAUAGGUAGGGACAGAAUCUGAAAUAAUUUCAACCAAUGUACUGUAUUACUUUGUAUGGUAUUCCAGCUGAACUUCUGCUACUGUACUACUCAUGUAGGAGUAGUUUU